UAGGCUCCGCCUGGAGCCUGGUACUUGGUGAGCAUGCUAGCUAGGGCACUCUCUCCCCUGGACCCCAUCCACCUCCAUAAAUGUUUUUGACACAGAGCUCAGCAGCCCACAGCCAUCUGUUCCAGCUGUUCCGUGCUGAGAGGCCAGAGGCCCGCGUUGGGGACACCAGGGCACCUCGGACACACUAGUGUUACUUACUUGCAUCAUCUCUCACUGAGCCUGAAGCUUGCCGAGUCAACUGGGCAGUAGCACUUAUCAGGGUCAUCCUCCUGUCUCAGUUCCCCGGGGCUGGAGUUACAGUUGUGGCCACAAUGCCUGGCUUUUUCAUAGGUCCCAGGGAUGUGAGUUCAGGUCCACACAGUAGCAUGAUAAGAACCUUAGCCUGAGAUAGCCCCCAGCCCUUUGUAUAUUUUUUAGACAUGUGGGUCCUGGGAAUUGAAGCCAGGUCCUAUGUAAGAGCAUCCAAGCUAGCUCUUGGUCUUUGUUCCUCUGCAGGCUGGGUGUCACGGAGCCCAGUCUGGCCUUGAACUCCAACCUGAAGUGUAGCACAGGAUGAGACUUGGUCUCCCUUGCUACCUGUGACAGCAGGUGGGUCACAGGUGGGAAUCCUGUCCAACCUCCUGGGUACACUCCUCCUGGCUGUUCACUUUGUUUGUACUUGGCACAGAGAGGUUGCCAAGUCUCUUAAGUUUUCACUCACUCCUGACGCAAACGUUCUUACCUCCCAUUUCGCCCCAUCUUAUGCCACCAGGCGCGCGUGGCCACUGUGCCCCAGGAACUGCCCGUGGGAGCACUCCUGAGAACCAAGUUACAGAUCCCUGACACCAUCUGACCUGGCCGAUCCUCCUCCUCCUGGGAGCACCACCCUCAUGUGACCCCUCCUUUACCCCUGGCUUUGCUCUUUCUUGGCCUCACCCUUUGCCUAGUUCUUUCCCCACCACCUCCAAUCCUCUUUGUUCCUUCUCUGCCUGGUAUUCUUUGGGUGUGAAACUCACAUUACUGACUGCAAAGGCCACCGUCUGAUGUGCGUCCCAACUGCAGUGCCCUGCCCCCACCCCCAUAGAUGCUGGGCUUACACCAGAUGACUGAACACUUGAAGUCGGAGGCAGUGUAUGUGGCCUUAGUUGUCCUGUGACAACCAACCCCUUGUUGCUACAAGGAAAUCUACCCUACCAGAGCUGGGACAGCCACAGCACAGAACAACCCUUACAAGUGGGAUUGAACCCAGUCUCUCAGAAUGCUCAGGUGUCCCACUUCUAGAACCUCCCAGGGCUCUGUCCCAGGGCCCACCUAGCAAGAGGCCAUUGCACCCACUUACUCCCACCUCUACACGCUGUCAUCCCCCACAGUGGCCGCCAGAGGACGCCCAUGAGCAGAAUCCACUCUGCCUGCAGUUACCUGUGGGUCCCACCCAGCCCUGUCCACCCUGCCCAGUCCCCAUUCUGACCCUCCAUUGCUCGGUUGGCCACAGCGGCAUGAGCCCCUUGCAUGCUCACCAAGUACCAGGCUCCAGGCUGCCCCAAAUCUUUGCACAGGCUCCUGUUGAAAGUGUCCCAGCCAUGGCAGGGUUGGUGGAUGAAAGAGAGGCCGAGGACUGGAGCCCAGCCCCUCCGAUGUAUGAGGAGUACCGGCCACCCGCGCUGGAUGCCAUCCGCCUGCCUCGCUAUGCCCUGUAUCUGCUGAUGGCUGCUAUCCUGGUGGUGGCCGUGGCCUACGCCAUUGUUGGCCACCUCAUCAAAGAUCUAGCUCAUGACCUGGCUGACUGGGCCUUUGGCCCUAAGCCUGACCAGGAGGAGGAAAGUCCCCGGGAGCUACGGGCCAGCUUGGCCGCAGAGGACCUGGAAGAGCUGGAUCUUCAGCUGGCUCUGGCCUGGCGUGGGGAGGAAGACCCCGCCCAUGCUCCUCGCCGCACCUCCAUUGCCUUCAGGGACCCGCCAGUGCAAACCAACUUUCGGAGGCUGGACUGACCUGGAGGAGCAGCAUGUGUCAUGCUGGUGGGCUGACAGUUGCCUCUGCCUCUGUCACCUGUGUAUUUCACAUGUCUGUUGUACAACAGAGUUUGGCUGGGCUGAAACUGAAAACUCUCCUGUCUGGGCUGGAGUGCUCUGAUUGCAGACACCACUUACACUUUAUUAAGACUUGGAGACAGGUUCUCAUGUAGCCCAGGCAAGCCUUGAACUUGAUAUAUAGCAGAGGAUGACCUUGAAUUCAUGGUCCUCCAGUCACCACCUCCUGGAUGCUGGGAUGACAGGUCUGGCCGCCCUACCUGUCUUCUGUGAUACUGAGUGCAGAGGCCAGGGUCUCUUACAAGGCUGGGACAGCCCAAGGCCCUGACUAUCUCUCUAUCUCUCUAUCUCUUUCUAUCUCUCUCUCUUUAUCUAUCCAUCCAUCCUUCUU